GUCCUCGCCAGGUCCCGCCGCAGCCGCGCAUCCAGCCCCGACCCCGGCACCAUGAGCUUCGGAUCCGAGCACUACUUGUGCUCCUCCUCCUCCUCCUACCGCAAGGUGUUCGGGGAUGGCUCCCGCCUAUCCGCGCGCCUGUCCGGGCCCGGAGGUUCGGGCAGCUUCCGCUCGCAGUCGCUGUCCCGCAGCAAUGUGGCCUCCACAGCAGCCUGCUCCUCGGCCUCGUCUCUCGGCCUGGGCCUGGCCUACCACCGCCGCCUGCCUGCCUCCGACGGGCUGGACCUGAGCCAGGCGGCGGCGCGCACCAACGAGUACAAGAUCAUCCGCACGAACGAGAAGGAGCAGCUGCAGGGCCUCAACGACCGCUUCGCGGUGUUCAUCGAGAAGGUGCACCAGCUCGAAACGCAGAACCGCGCGCUCGAGGCCGAGCUGGCUGCGCUGCGCCAGCGCCACGCCGAGCCGUCGCGCGUCGGCGAGCUCUUCCAGCGCGAGCUGCGCGAGCUGCGCGCGCAGCUGGAGGAGGCGAGCUCGGCGCGCGCGCAGGCCCUGCUGGAGCGCGACGGGCUGGCCGAGGAGGUGCAGCGGCUGCGGGCGCGCUGCGAGGAGGAGAGCCGCGGGCGCGAAGGCGCUGAGCGCGCCCUGAAGGCGCAGCAGCGCGACGUGGACGGCGCUACUCUGGCCCGCCUGGAUCUGGAGAAGAAGGUCGAGUCGCUGCUGGACGAGCUGGCCUUCGUGCGCCAGGUGCACGACGAGGAGGUGGCCGAGCUCCUGGCCACGCUGCAGGCGUCUUCGCAAGCCGCAGCAGAGGUGGACGUGGCUGUGGCUAAACCGGACCUGACUUCGGCGCUGCGGGAGAUCCGUGCCCAGUACGAGUCCCUGGCCGCCAAGAACUUGCAAUCAGCCGAGGAGUGGUACAAGUCCAAGUUCGCCAACCUGAACGAGCAGGCUGCGCGCAGCACAGAAGCCAUCCGAGCCAGCCGAGAGGAGAUCCACGAGUACCGGCGCCAGCUCCAGGCUCGUACCAUUGAGAUAGAGGGCCUGCGCGGAGCCAAUGAGUCCCUGGAGAGGCAGAUCUUGGAACUGGAGGAGCGGCACAGCGCUGAGGUGGCCGGCUACCAGGACAGCAUCGGGCAGCUGGAGAGUGACCUGAGGAACACGAAAAGCGAGAUGGCGCGCCACCUUCGGGAAUACCAGGACUUGCUCAACGUCAAGAUGGCUCUUGACAUUGAGAUAGCAGCUUACAGGAAGCUUCUGGAAGGGGAAGAGACGCGGUUCAGCACCAGUGGAGUAAGCCUCUCAGGGCUGAACCCACUCCCCAAUCCCAGCUAUUUGCUCCCUCCUAGAAUCCUUAGUUCUACAACCUCCAAAGUCUCAUCCAUUGGGCUGUCCCUGAGAAAGGAGGAGGACGAGGAGGAGGAAGGGGCUUCUAAGGAAGUCACUAAGAAAACAUCCAAGAUAGGGGAAAGUUUUGAAGAAACACUGGAGGAAACGGUAAUAUCUACGAAGAAAACCGAGAAGUCGACUACAGAAGAAAACACCAGUUCAAGCCAAAAAAUAUAAUGCCAUUGCUUUAAAAAAAAAAUUGAUGCCUAAGAGGGAAUGCACUUGGCUUACUCACUGCUUACUCCUGAACCACACUUACCACCGCUAUAGAAUGUCUUCAAGGCUUCAAUGUCAUAGUCAGUACCGAAUCCUUACUUUCUCCAGUAGGAAGGCCACUGUGUACACGGGAGCAAACUGCAGUCCUGCAGCAGAGGAGGAGUCCUCUAAGAACACAGCUUUCUCACCCACAGCCCAGGCUUCACAGUGACAGGUGACGCAGAUGCAGAGGAAGUUCAUUGAAGGUGCUAAAUCUGGUCAUCGCUCGCUUCGAGCUGAAACUGAAACAUAUGUUUAUCCACUGUACCCCGCCAGGACCCAGCCAUAGGACCUUAGGACUAUAGAUGCCUAAAAACACACAUUCACUGCCGAGGACAAGCCAGUGCUCCAGUCACUGUUCCCCCGUCCCUCUCCAACAGAGCCGAGUCACAGACCACAGGCACCUCUCACGGGCACAUUUCCCCCACUCUCCAAUCCCAUAAUUCCUCUUCUUGCACCCAAGAGGAAGGAACAAAGUUUAGUGUAGUAUCCCCUUCUAAACACACAUAGACCAUGUGCCCUUUAUCUUUUCUUCACCCCGUGGGUAAAAUCAGAUGCAUGUUGACCGUCCCUGUGAUUUGUGUAACUCACCUCCACCCAUUUCAUGUCCUUCCACAUCUGUAGCUUAAAAAAGAAAGAAAGAAAGAAAGAAAAAGAUUAAUGAUAACGGCAGUGAUUAGUUUUAAGGAUUUUCCUAAAAAUAAAUAAAUAAAUAAAC